AUGAACGACAUUAAGAGCAAGAAGAUUAACUGGAGUAACAUUCGAGAAGUUCAUGCAGAUGGUAGUGAUCCAAACAAAUUGUUUUUUAAAUAUGACCUGUCUGAGUUUGAUUAUAAUAUUUUAUUGAUUCGCAGUAACACGAGAAACUCGGUACAAACUGAACUAAAACCUGCAUAUUCCGAGCCUAUUAUGGUUCCUGCUGCUAAACAUAAAGACUUGAUAGAUAUGUGCCGCUCAGAAGUAAUUCCCUCAGAGUAUCAUCCAUACUUUAACUCUUUGCCACAUCACACCAACGUUGAUGUUUCUGAAGAAUCGGAUGAUAAUCUAUCGGAAUAA